AUGGCGACGCGCAGCUCGCACCGCUUGCCCUUGCAAGUGAUGAGAUCCUUCACGAUAAGCAAACAGUUCAUACGAAGUUUUCAUAAGAACACGGGCGCCCCUUCUCCGCCGUCACCCACUCCCUUUGUUCCUGAUGUCGAGACCUUUCUUAAGUUGAUCGGGCGUGGGAUGCACAAACAUGCGAGCAAGCUACCUUCCUGGGAUAAGCUAUUCACUUCCAGCUCCUCUGAACUUCGGGAUCUAGGCAUUGAGCCAGCACGCCAGCGACGUUACCUGCUUCGCAAGAUGGACAAGUUCAGGCAGGGCAUCUAUGGGCCUGGUGGAGACCUGGAGAACGUGGUCGAUGGCGUUGCGCAGCUUCGAGUUGUUGAAGUUCCGACAUUGAACAAGGAGACAUCGAACCCUUUGAAUUCCUCGGCUACUUUAUCUCCAGGGAUGAAAAGAGUCAUCGUCAACAUUCCGCCGGAUGCUUCUGAAUACACCCAUGAUCCCACGAAACCCCUCAAGAAGUUUGCGCGCAUGAAAAUCACUGCCGGUUCUGCUAUCAGCGGCCCGUAUCUUCAACCGAUCAAAGGAACAAAUGGUAGUGCAGCCCUAAUCAAAGUCGAGGAGGGCAUGUGGGAGGACAAGCUCGGCCACAAGGUGGACGGUGGUGAAAGGAGACGUGCUGAAGUUCGGGCUAAGAAGCGAAGUGAAGAGAGGAAGAAGGGAAACUAA